CACUGGACGUAUGAGGGUCCCCAUGGGCAGCACCACUGGCCUGAGGGACACCCAGCAUGCGGGGGCCGAUCCCAAUCCCCCAUUGACAUCGCAACGCAGCGGGUGCUGCCCGACCCCUCGCUGCCCCCCAUCCGCCCCAUGGGGUACGACCACCCCCUCGUCCCCACCUUCAGCCUCACCAACAAUGGCCACACUGUGGUGCUGGCACUGCCACCCACCCUACACCUGGAGGGGCUGCCCCGAAGCUUUGCUGCUGCGCAGCUCCAUUUCCAUUGGGGUCACAGUGGUCAUCCUGAGGGGGCUGAGCACCUCCUGGAUGGGCGCCGGGCACCCGCAGAGAUGCACUUGGUGCACUACGAUGCGGAGCGCUACGCCAACGCCAGCGAGGCACAGCACCACGCAGCCGGGCUGGCCGUGCUCGGCAUCCUGCUGGAGGUUGGCGAUGAGCCCAACGCCGCCUACGCCAACAUCCUGAACCAUCUGGGCAGCAUCCGCUACGCCGGGCAGACAACGUCCAUCCCCUCCUUCAGCGUGCAGGAGCUGCUGCCCGAGCGCCUGGACCGCUACUACCGCUACAACGGGUCCCUGACCACCCCACCAUGCUUGCAGAGCGUGCUCUGGACCGUUUUCCAGCAGCCCGUUCGCAUCAGCGCGGCGCAGCUGGAGCAGCUGCAGGGUUCCCUGUACGCCACAGCCGUUGAUGAGCCCUCAGCUGAGCGCCUGGAGGACAAUUUUCGGGACCCCCAGGACCUCAACCAGCGUCCAGUGCUGGCGUCCUUCACCAGCAGUCCCCAGGGGUAUUCAACAGGUGAAGUCAUCGCCAUCGUUUUCGGCACCGUCCUCGGCAGCCUUGGCCUCUUCCUCACCGUUCACUUCGUGAACAAACGACUUCGCGCCCGGAGGACACGGGAGCAGGACGUCGUUUUCAAGGCCUCCUCCCGGCGCGCGGCUUCAGAUGAGAGCCACCGACCCUGAGCCAGGAAGGGCCCCCCCAGGAAGAGUGUGGUGGGGCUCAGCCCUACAGCAGGGGCCCCACUGGAAGUAAA